GUUUACAUGGUAAUGGUUUUCAAUCGGAUGUAUUUUCCGGAUCAACUGCGAAAAUGACCGAUAAUUUGCAGAACUGUUUAACCUGCCGCCGACAAACAGAAAAUUUCCUUCAAAUACUGGAUGAAUCAAAUGUGGAAAAUGUAGAGGCUAUACUAACAAAGCAUUUCUGGUUUAAGACGGCAGAAUACGAACAUAGGGUUCUUUGCAUCAGCUGCUGGGAGAAGAUUGAUGAAUUUCACAAGUUUUACUGUGAAGUUGAGGAACGUUGGUGCAGCAAAUCUGACUUGUUGGAGUCUGUUGUAAAGACUGAGCAACUUUUCGACGAGAAUGAAGCACAGAGUGAGCUGUUUACUUGCGAACUGAUAAAGGUGGAAGAAGAGAACACAAAAUUGAAAUCUGUUAUCGAUGGUAGCGAAUCAGAGGAAAACAAUAUUGAUGGGAAUGUUACAGAUGACGAUGAUGAUGAUGAUUAUCUGCCAAUCGGUGAGGACGCUAUCGAUUCAGAGUUUAAACAGGAAGAUGAAUCGUCGGAGGUUUCCACCGAAGAAUCGUCCAUGCCAAUUGGAAAACGACGAAAUAUUACUCGUAUGAUGUCAGCCAGCCUAAAGGAACCGGCCCAAAAGAAACGGCAUGUUAAAUCUCUAAAAAGCAUGAACCUCAAGAGAAACGCUUUGAUAGCGAAAUACGUUCAGCUUGUUUGCGAUUUGUGUGGACACAAGUCGGAAACUUUUUCACGUUUACUCUUGCACUAUCGAAGAAUACACGAAAUUCAAGGAUAUGUAACCUGUUGCAAUCGGGCCUUCCAGAAGAAGUCUGGAUUGUUCGAGCACUUGAGCCGGCACGAAUCUGGGGCAAGGGAACCAUCGCCGCCACAGAUCCGUUGCGAGCUAUGUGACGCUUCGAAAACGUUCAAGGACGAAGAAGGGCUACAGCUGCACAAUGUGAUAUAUCACUCCAAACAGGAGAAAACCUUCCAAUGUGACCAGUGUGAUAAGGCUUUCAGCAGUGAGUGGCAUCUUUCGGGGCACAAAAGUUGGCAUCAGAAUGUGGCUAGUUUGAAUAUUCAUUGUGACAAGUGUAAUAAGUAUUUCAAUUCGAUUCGUACACUCAACACGCACAUGCGGGCACACCACGCAAAAGUAACCACAGCUUUGACAACAUCAGCCAAUUUAUCCAACACAGUCAGCGUCACAGCUGAAUCAACUAUUCCGGAACCAAUUAUAGCUUGUGAAGAGCAAGACUCUACAAUGGAGUAUGCCACGCUAAAGCCAUCCAAUGUGAUACCUAUAGCCGCGAGUGUAACUUCAGAACCCCCCAAGAAAGGGGGAAAAUCCGCAGAAGAAGUUGCAAAGGAAGAUGAGUUCAUUCGCCGGUUCUGUACUCUUGUUUGCGACAAGUGUGACUUUGCAGGAAGAAACUACUACCAACUCGAUAAACACUUUAGAACCGAUCAUAAUAUGCGCGGCUAUGCGAUUUGCUGUGGGCGUAAAUUUUGUAAGAAACGACGACUGUAUGAGCAUUGCCAGCGACACAUCAAUCCGGACAUGUUUCGUUGUGAGAUAUGCAAUAAAUCGUUUACCGAGAGUAAGGGUUUAGAAAAGCACAAUAAAUGGGUUCACACGCCUGACUCGGAAAAGCCAUUCAAGUGUGAAAUUUGUGAUGCUGCAUUCUAUAAAGACUAUCUACUGCGAAAUCAUAUGAAGUAUCACAUAUCGAUGGAGCAGAAAAUUUUCAAAUGCAAGGAAUGUGACAAGUCAUUUGGUACAGCAGUCCUACUUCGUGCUCAUCAGCAAAAUAUUCAUGGCGCUGUGUCCAGCUGGGUCUGUGAUAUUUGCGCCAAGGGAUUCGUACACAAAUCACUGUUGGAGAGACACAGAAUCUCCCAUUCGCCGGAGGGUGCGGCUAGUUUGAAAAUGCAGUGUGAAAAUUGUAAAAAGUGGUUGAAAAAUAGAGACACCUAUCAAAAUCAUCGGAAACGUUGUCUCGCUGGUGGUCCCGUGACGUGCGACGUUUGCGGCAAGGAAGCAGUGAACGAACUGGCUCUGGCUAGUCAUAAACGGUUCAAUCACGAAGAGCGACCCGCAUUCGCGUGCAGCUAUUGUGGAAAGCAGUUCAAACGAAUCCUACGGUUAAAGGAGCACGAGGCGAACCAUCGGGGUGAGGUACUGUACUCGUGUCCGUACUGUCCCAGAACGUGUAAUUCCAGUUCCAACAUGUACACCCACAAGAAGGUGGCCCAUCCGGAGCUGUGGGCGGCCAAAGUGGCCGAGCGAUUCUACAAGAAGUAAGGAUCUGCUGCUGAGUACGACAAUCAAAACGACGAAAAUAACAAACAAGCAAAAAUAAUCGAUAUCCAGACUAUGUACGAGAAGCUAACUUCUACGAUGUUGAACGAGCUCUAAUUAAACGAUGCUACCAGUGCCGGUCGCGGGGAGAGCUUGGAAGUUGUAAAGAUCCGUUCACGUUCAAUGCGACGCAGGCAGAAAGCGAACACGGUGUGACGGCCGUUCCGUGUG